UAUUAAUUUAUUCUUAAAUCCAAAAGUAAAUAACUAUAUUCUGUAAUUAACCAGUACUUAGGCUAACUUACCCACGCGCGACCUUCUUCUUCUUCUUGAGAAUAGGACUUCAUAAAAAUUGAAUAGAGAUACUUGCUUUAUCUGCGGGUCGAAGUGCAUUAAUCCAAGUCUCUAAAGUUAGCAAAAGCCUACACAUUGGAGCACAGUUUGUGUUUUACUUCACUUUCAGGUAAUCAGAUCAAAAAUCAAGUCAAAAUUUACGUUUUCGAUGGAGGGAGAUGCAUCAAAAAGCGAGGAUGAGGACACCGUCCCAGUCAAGAUAGGAAUAAUUGGGGAGGCCAAUCUCGACACACCCAUAUAUCUGACGGAGCGCAUGGAAUAUGCCGUGUGCACGCCGUUCGGGAGCCCUUCGGACGUGAUCAUCGAUGGCCAAAUUGAAGGCGUCAAUGUGUGCCUCCUGUCGAGGAAUGGACGACAGCACGAUAUCAUGCCUUCGAAUAUAAACUACCGGGCCAACGUGUGGGCCAUGCGCAAGAUGGGCUGCACCCACAUCCUGGUGAGUAACACCUACAGCUCUCUGCGUGAUAACAUACAGCCGGGAAUGCUGGUUGUGCCGGACGACUUUAUCGAUAACACGACCAGGCGGGCCCAGACCUUCUAUGAUGGCGCCAAAGGCAGUCCUCUGGGUGUUUGCCAUGUUCCCAUGGCUCCUGCCUUUUGUGACCGCACUCGAAAGCAUCUCUUGAACGCCGCCCAGGAGCUAGAGUUUCCCACGCGAUCCACCGCCACCGUGAUGACCAUUGAAGGGCCUCGUUAUUCGACAGUCGCGGAGAAUAACAUGUACCGGAAGUGGGGAGCUGAUCUCCUGAGCAUGACCCUGUGUCCCGAGGCCACCUUGGCCAAAGAGGCCGGCAUUCUGUUCGCCUCCCUGGGCCUGGUCACCAACAUGGAGUGCUGGUGUGCCAAGCAGCCAAACGCUACGACCCACGAAAUAAUCUACAUUUUCAAGAAGCAGGCGGAGCAUCUCCAAAGGGUCAUGGUAUCGGCCAUCAAGAGCAUUGCUGAAGAGGACUGGUCUGAGGAUAUUCUGAAGGCCAAGAUCUUGGUGUGCAGUAACUUUGCGAAUAGUAAAUAAUACUGUAAUCCCAUGUUAAAUUUGUUUAAAAAUAAAUAUUUUCGAUAGAAAA